AUGGAUGAACCGUUGGAACAGCUAGACUCGCAAGAGAUGGAGCAAGACGUUGCCCUGGAGACACCCCCUGACCAUGUCUUCAUGGCUCCCUCCAUCGACAGAACCAACAUCGCCAAGGGAGACUCAUACUCUUACAUUUCGCCUGUACCCAAGAUGCUCAAGGACGACAUGUCAAUCGAGUGCGUUCUGGGCGUAGACGAAGCUGGCCGUGGUCCUGUCCUGGGCCCAAUGGUUUAUGGUCUUUACUAUCUGCCGCUGUCAAUGCACCGCACCUUGCUUGCCGACACUCACCACUUCGACGACUCCAAGGUGCUGUCGCCCGCCGUCCGCUCAUCCCUGAUGCAGGCCAUCUGCACUCCUGGCACUGAUCUGUACGACUCUUCCGGAUGGGCCACUCGUGUCAUGUCUGCCAAGGACAUCUCCUCUGCCCAGAUGAGGCCCACCGCUACAUACAACCUCAACGCCCAGGCCAUGGACGCCACCAUCGACUUGAUUCACGCUGUCUUCGCUCUCGGCGUCAACCUGAAAGAGAUCUACAUCGACACAAUUGGUCAGCCAGCCGCAUACCAGAAGAAGCUCGAGCGCAUCUUCCCUACCGUCAACAUCACUGUCGCAAAGAAGGCCGACUCAUUGUACCCCUGUGUGUCAGCCGCCAGUGUUUGCGCAAAAGUCACAAGAGAUGCUGCCCUCGACGUCUGCUACCAAAUCUUCAAGGACGCUGUGUCAAACGAGAAGGACGUACCCGAACAGCCUGCAGAAGGCUGGGGCUCAGGAUACCCGAGUGAUGCACGCUGCUCCACUUGGUUGAAGAAGAACAUGGAUCCUCUGUUCGGCUGGGGUCACGAGUGUCGCUUCAGUUGGUCCACUGCAAAAGAUUUGUUCGAAAUCAAGCCUGCUGCAAAGGUCAAUUGGCCUGUUGCUGAGGACGAAGACUCCACAAAGUUGACCAAUUUCUUCAUGUACUCUGCCGAAGAACAUGCUCAGGGUGAAGAUCAGCUUUCGACAUGGUAUGGCCGUCGCGUUACCGAAGAUGUCUUCUAG